AAAACCAAAUCCCUAAUAAAGGAGAAGACCAGAAAACAAGCAGACCGAGAAAAGCUCUCUCUUCUAUCUUCUUCGUCACCACGAAACGACCGAGAAAAUGUCAGCGAACGACAACACGACUGAGAACACUGCCUCCAAAGUCUCCUCCGAUGAUACUUCACAGACUAGGCAAAGCUUUAACACAUUUCGCAGGAAAAAGAGAAGGUGGGAUCAGCCUGCAGAGUCUUUGGUUCAGGCUGGAGUUGCUCUACCUGGGAUUCUCCCUUUAAACAAGAUCCAAGACGAGCUCUUAAUAGCGCGAGAACUGGUUAUAAAUGAUGCUGAGCCUUCUGUUCGCUAUAGGCUCACAAAACGCCAGACACAGGAAGAGAUUCAGAAGUGCUCUGGUGCUGUGGUGAUAACUAGGGGCAAGUAUCGUCCGCCAAAUGCACCACCUGAUGGAGAAAAGCCAUUAUACCUUCACAUAUCUGCAGGGGCUCAUAUAAAAGACACAACAGAACGUAUUUUAGCUGUUGAUCGUGCAGCUGCCAUGGUUGAAGAAAUGCUAAAACAAGGGCCCUGCCUACUGCCAGUUUCUUCCACUUCCCAGGUGGUUACAACCAAUGGAGCAAUGGCAUUGAGCACGUGUGUGUUUUUGGGCUUUGAUGCGGACCCAUCACUGAACAUUGCUGCUCGUAUUCGGGGACCAAAUGACCAGUAUAUAAAUCACAUUAUGAAUGAAACAGGAGCAACUGUCAUAUUAAGAGGGCAGGGUUCAGGAAAUCCUCAAAGUGAUGAUGAAGUGUUGCGCCCGCUGCAUUUGUUCUUGUCCAGUACUAAUUCAAAAGGUCUUGAAGAUGCGAAGCGAUUGGCUGAAAAUCUUUUGGAUACGAUCAGCCUAGAAUGUGGUGCCUCAAGGGCUUCAUCCAGUAAGGUCUAUGGCGCUGUUCCUCCUCCGCAGCAGUUGUUGGCUGGAGUUUGGAGUUCUGGGAUUGAGCAAAAUGUUAAUGCAUGUUCGACCCCUGGUUUCACAUCCAUGGUCAGCCCUACGCUAGCCCCACCAGCUUCUCAAGUUAUGGUCUCUGGUUCUGCUUCCAUCUUUCCUCAGGGAAUAGUGUCACAACCUGGGGGAAUGUUGAAUAGUGUGCAGGCGUUGCCAAACAUGGUACGCUAUCCUCAGUCUUCAUUAGCUGGAGGAACAAGCUACGUUGGAUACGGUGGGAUAUAUCCUCAGGCCACACCUUUGCAACAAGUUGCCCUUGCCCUCAGACAGUCACCUUCCACUGUCACCUCAACUGUUCCCCCUUCUACAUCAGGUACGACACAGAAGAUGAGCACUGACUCCAUAACUGAGAAACGUCCCCCACAGAAGCGGAAGUUUCAGGAGUUACCGGUUGGUUCAAAUGAACCAACAAAAUUACACCAGGGAUCAAGAUUAUUAGAGCCCGGUGACCGAUCUUCAUCAGAUUUAGGUGUCAGAAAUGUUUCAAACAUGCCAGAGCCAAAGAAGUUGGUCCCACUGUCAUCAAAUGGAAUGCCACCCCCACCCCGACCUCCAAGAACCAUGCCACCCCCGCCGCCACCACCAAAAUUUUCGUCAACCCCUGUUGAGAAAUUUCAUGACAAGGACAUUGUUUUGAAUAAAACAAAACCUGAUGCUGUACCUGAUACCUUGGUGAAGCUUAUGGAAUACGGGGACGAAGAUGAUGAUCUUGAGGAGAUCAGCGAGGCACCCCGUAAUAACAACCCUAGCGCGGUGGCAGCUCAAAAACCAUUUUGGGCUGUAUGACUUUCUGGCUUUUCACCUUGUGGAAUAUUGUUUACAGGCGACAGGAAAAAAUAAGUUUUUUUUUUUGUAGAAGCUUAUGUGGUGUCUGUUGUAUGAAACCAUUCUGGAGUAAGUGAUGCAUCAGCUGCAGCCAGUUUUUCUUGGCUGUUUGUUUUUUAGGAAGACGAGGUCCGAGUUGUCUUGGGUCAUGAAUAGGUUACAAAUGUACAUUAGUACUUAGAAGUAGCCAAUGUCAUUUGGUAGUUUAAAUUUAUGGGGUAGUUUUGUGUUUUAUGUAUUAAUUUUUUGAGUUAUUCAACUUGGGGGAAAAUUGUUUCUGUGGGUAAAAUCUUGGGUCUUGUCUGGUGAAUUGACAUUUGGAUGAAAUUUUUCCCUUGCGA